GGUAUGUACAUAUUUUUCUGACAAAUCAAAUAAUGAAUUCUAAGAAGACUUUAGAAAAAUGCAUAAACGCGCUGUGAGCUUUUCAUUUAUAAUUGCAAACAAAAAGUUUCAGAAAGUGAGUUGCUAUUAGAACCUGCACAUUGGUGUCAGUAGAAGGAUUUUAAGCAAUAGUGGGGUUUAAAAGGGUAUACCAGAUAUUCAUAUACUUGAUUAAUAAUUAUAAUUAGCAAAACUUGAAGCAAGGCCAUCUGCUUGAAUUAAAUAUUAUUCAAUUAUCGAUGAAGCUGAUGGUUUGUGUUAACCUUUUAGAAUGAGUAUAGAUUAUUAACAAAUACUUAUGUGUACCGUCGCUGUUACUCUUAUCAAAUUAAGGGAAAACGUUAACUGCGGCUACACCGAAUCUUAAUACCCUUCACAACUACAUAUUCUAUAACAAAACAGGAUAUUUAAAGAUAUUUAUCAAAAUUUUAAUGGAUUCUACUGAUAAACAAUUUAAACAUAUCAUAUAGAAGAUAAACAAUAAGAGGAAUAUAGAUUAAGAAUGAAGAUAAGUGCGGCGCUCAUACUGUCACUCAGUAUAAUUUCCAUAAGAUAUCAUAGCACAAUGAGCAGUAGCUGGGAACGCAUUCGCCUUCGUGUCGAGACCAAAGAGGGUUUCGAGCCGGUUAGCAAUAAUAGCGUAAGCGCUGAUGUACGCACCAUAUCCGCCCAUAUAUUGGACACCACAGUGGGUCAGGCGGCAGCAAAUGUCAACAUUACCGUUUACCGCCUAGAAGGCGAAAAUAAUUGGCAGAAACUGAGUGAAGCAACUACCAACCAAGAUGGUCGUGUGAACCAAUUAGUGCCUGCAACGCGCUACAAAUCCGGCAUCUAUAAGUUACAUUUCGAUGUGAAACCAUAUCAUACUGAACGUGGCAUUAGCAGUUUUUAUCCCUUUAUUGAAAUAGUGGUGCUGUGCGAACAUGGUCAGCAUUAUCAUAUUCCAUUACUAUUGAAUCCUUUUGGCUAUACGACCUACAGAGGUACUUGAAUGAAAGUAAAAAUAAAUAAAUGAAAGAAUCUUUUAAGAAA